AUGAAGUUCUAUGAGCUGAGAAAAGAAGUAGACAGUUUUUCGACCAAACUCGAGGGAUUCAUUAUUUCUGCAAGCACGCCCCCCGCGGGCUCGCUUGGGGCCAUUCGCGACAGGAUUAAAGCCAUAUACGAUGAGGUUUUAAAACUUGAUGCCAUUUCAGAGUAUUUAAUAAUUGAUAAGCACAUUGUGUGCAUGUGCAUCACCAGGGCGCUGCUCCUUGUCAAGAUUCUUUCUUCUGAGAUAGACAUAAACAUGGGCCUGAAUGUGCUGCAGCGAAACCUGAAGCCAUCUAUCUCUGAGCUUAACUCAAAAGAAAUACUAGUAGAGGCAGUGUAUCUGUACAUACUCAAGAACAAGCAUUCGCAGGGGAUGAUAGAAGUAGUGCGCAUGCUGAAAAAGAAGGUGCAGAUAAAACAGAUCAUCACCAACACGGAGAGCGAGAUAGACCUCUUUAUGCUCAGCCAGGUGGAGAAGAUAGUGGAGGCCAAGGCUAAAGAGCUGCUCCCCAUCACACCAUCUGCCACAAACAACGACUUAAUUAUAGCCCUAAACAUCGUGCUAGAAGCAAAUAGCAUAAAAUACAUUGAGGACAUCCUUUUGAACAACGUGCACCCUCCCAUCGACAUCAGAAGCAUUCUGAGACAGCUGAUUCUGAUAGAGAGCGUGGAAAUAAGCGGACAGACCCUCGAAGUGUACCACCUUGUGCUUCAGCUGCUCUCGAAGUACAUAGAGCUGAAGAAGAAAAAAGAUCUGAUCAACAGCAAAUACGUCGUGUACGAAGUACUAGAUGAUGACUGCGUAGGCAUUAUGGUCAGAAUACUGGAAAAAGAGAACAUACCAGGAAACAUUCGGUCUGAGAUAAUGGACAUCCUAGUGGCGAGCGAUAUACAGACUAUCAACUACACGCACAUCCCCGUGAACAACAGCAACCUCAUUCCCUUCAUUCGGUACAUAGUAAAAAACAGCGACCAUGUUGAUCUGCUGUUGGAGAUACUGGAAGUGCUGGAAAUAGAAAUAACUGAGGAAGGAAAUGAGGCAGAAGUAUCUAAUUUGAUAGUAAUCAUGGACUUCCUAAACAUUAUACUCCACACAUACUCUAAUAGCAUGAUUGCAGCUGACAAUUUAACCGGAGCUAUGGGUGCUGGUCUGCCUGCAGGAAAUGAGAGAAUGAACAGUGUGCAAGCUGCGAUAAACAACAGCAUAUCCCUAGAAAAGUACAUUGGAAACAGCAUCGUAGAAGUAUACAACAACAUCAUUCCCGUCUUCACCAACCCCCUCAUCAUAUACAACUAUCUAACGAUUUUCACCCAGCUGAUCAGAGGAAACGGAAUGUCAGAUGCAACUACGCACUACUACGGGGCCAUAAACAACAGGAACAGCUUGAUGGGGCACAGUAUAAACGCACUUAGCAUAAUAUUAAAGAGAAUCAGCGCCUACAUAGUGCAAGGCGACAUGAUAUACACCGAGAUGCAAGCUGUUAAGCUGCACGAUCUAAACAGCCCCUACAGCUCCGUAUGCACAGAGGAGAGCGGAAGAGGAAAGGACAUUAUGCUAGAGUCUGUUAAAAUGCUCUUUGCCAUCAUAAUAAGCCUGCCAGAGCAGAUUAAGAGCACAAUACAAACAAGCUAUGUGCUGAAUAUUGUCUUCAGGGUUGUUAGCAAGGACAGCAGCCCUGUGUCUGAUGAUGUCAUUGCCUUUAUCAGAGGAUUCUUCACCUCAUCAACGCUCUAUAAGCUGGCCACCUCAAUUGGCAGCAAUCUGUACUCCUUUAUAUCGAUACUGAUCAGCAAAGGAGAGCUGGACACUGUCUACAGCUUAAUCCAGAACAGCAAUAAGCUGUACAAAGGCAUCCUCCACAAGGACAUCCUGUCAGAAGAAGUGCUAACAGAGCACAAGGACAAGAAUGUGCUGUACAGCAUACUAAGUACUAUCAUAGUGCAGUACUACACAGACAACUCUGCCCUUAAUAACUCUUCCAUAAACAAGAAGAUACUUGAUAUACACAGCACAGUAUUAAGCAACAUAAAGAAGCCCGUGCAGAUGUCUGAGCUGCUGGAGGAAAGCAGAGAGUUUGGGUACUUCUUCAAGAUACUUUGCGUAGUUGGAAAGACACUCGGGCUGGAGUGCAGUGACAUGCUGGAUGCGAUGCUAUCUAAGACGGGAAACAGCACUGCGAGUGCCGCCCAGUGCCAGAUAUCCCUGCUGUACAACAGCCGCAGCAGAAACAUCUCGGAGCUGUACUACUUCUACCACUUUGUGUACAGAGGCGUAGAUGUAAAGACCAAGCUGUCUCAGAAAGAGCUCGGGGCUGGGAGAGACAAAGGCCUCCUGUGCAUUACUGAGCUGCACAAUACAUACAGCAGCAACACACUGAAGUACUUAGCACUCCUCGGCCUGGAGGGGUGCGAUGUCAAAGACAAACAGCACAUAAAAAUGUACAAGGACUUGGACAUGGCCACCUUAUCCGCAAAUGAGCGAGUUUUAUUCGUCAACCAGAUUUACAGGGGGCUCUUCCUAUCAGGGCUAAUUCAGUCAGGCGAGCACUUUAUAUCGAAUCCACUGAAUGAUCCCUCCUUCAAUUCAGUGAAUGGAGCAAUGAAAGAAGAAAAAGAAAAAGAAAAGACCACUGAUGGAAAAGGACAGACACUGCACCAGGGCACUCUCUAUAAGUACGCUGACAUGUCCAUCCGGUCUGCAAUAAAAGCUACACAGGACACAGGAAUACCGCACACGCUGCCCCACGGCAUAUUGGCAGCUGGUGAGCCCUGGCUUGUCUCUGCUCUGCUCUACACGCUGUACGACAAAUCGCCCAACUCCUCGCUUGUUCUUUCGUAUAUUAAGAAAAUGAGAAAGUACACAAAAAAUGACAACACAGUCUACUCAAGGGUGCUGGCAACUGUUAUACUAUAG